AUGCUCGAUACUCCCAGCCAAUUAAGCUUGGAAGCUUUGGAGCAGAAUAUUCGUACCAUCGCCGAAGCUGUGCUAGGUCACAUGCUUUCAAUCCCGGAAGGUGGAUAUUCAACAGAUCCACGAGUUUCUGCUGACACCUCUCUAUUGUCUCGCGACGCUGUUGAUCGGCAACGCCUUGCGCAUGCCAUUCGACAAUUCGCAACGCGACCGCGACCGAUUGCUGACGAAGCGGCAACUGUGGCCUGCGCUGCAAACUUGGCUGUCGCAGUGGGAAACUAUGCCAAGGUCACAGUGUCGCAAGUGUCGAUGCAUGAAGUGCAGAUCUGGCCUGGAGUGUCGGAUCGACUGAUGGCUGAACGGGUGAAGCCAGCAGUGUUUGAUCUCGUCAUCGCCGGAGGCGUCUUUGCCUAUCUGGCUGUAUUUUAUCAUCUAGUUAGCCGAGCUCAGCGAGUGCUCGAAGGUGCUAUGCUCAAACUGCGAAAACGAGUGUAA